AUGAACUCCACCUGGGAUGGUAAUCAGAGCAGCCGCCCCUUUUGCCUCUUGACCUUUGGCUAUUUGGAAACUGUCGAUUUUUGCCUCUUGGAAGUGCUGAUCAUUGUCUUUUUGACGGUAUUGAUUAUUUCCGGCAACAUCAUUGUGAUUUUUGUCUUCCACUGCGCACCUUUGUUGAAUCACCAUACCACCAGUUAUUUUAUCCAGACAAUGGCCUACGCCGACCUCUUGGUUGGGGUAAGCUGUCUGGUCCCUUCUUUAUCACUCCUCCACUAUCCCCUUCCGGUCGAGGAGUCUUUGACUUGUCAAGCGUUUGGCUUCGUAGUCUCAGUUCUGAAGAGUGUCUCUAUGGCGUCCCUGGCCUGUAUCAGCAUUGAUAGAUACAUUGCCAUCACUAAGCCUCUAACCUAUAACACCCUGGUGACCCCCUGGAGACUCCGCCUGUGCAUUUUCCUGAUUUGGCUGUACUCCACCCUGGUCUUCCUGCCUUCUUUCUUCCACUGGGGCAAACCUGGAUAUCAUGGAGAUGUGUUUCAGUGGUGUGCAGAGUCCUGGCCCACCGACCCCUACUUCACCCUGUUCAUCGUGAUGAUGUUAUAUGCCCCGGCCGCCCUCGUUGUGUGCUUCACCUAUUUCAACAUCUUCCGCAUCUGUCAGCAGCACACAAAGGAGAUCAGUGAGAGGAAAGCCCGCUUCACCAUCCAGAGUGGGGAGACUGGGGAGGUGCAGGCCUGCUCUGACAAGCGCUAUGCCAUGGUCCUGUUCCGAAUUACUAGUGUCUUUUACAUCCUCUGGUUGCCGUACAUCAUCUACUUCCUGUUGGAGAGCUCCACGGGCCUCAGCAACCGCUUUGCCUCCUUCUUUACCACCUGGCUUGCUAUCAGUAACAGUUUCUGCAACUGUGUCAUCUACAGCCUUUCCAACAGUGUUUUCCGCAGGGGGCUGAAACGCGUCUCUGGGGCCAUGUGCACUUCCUGUGCAAAUCAGACGGUAGCCAGGGACCCUUACACUGUCAGGAGCAAAGGGCCCCUUAACGGAGGCCAGGUCUGAUGUGGUUUAGAUCGCGUGUGUGUGUGU